GAUCCAAAUGUACCUUCUCCUGCUCAUAACAUAACAAUUGAAAAUGGUUUGGAUGAUAGUUUCAGUCAGCAUGAGAGUGCGAGUCCAUACAGCAUACCUGUUGAUGAGCCCAUGGAAGUUAUUUUUGAAGAACGAGGCUCAGAUAAUCGUGCAACUUCAGGUGCUAACACCAUGUCUCCUAACAAUAGCAAUAGUGCAGAGCUAACCUCAAGAGAAGAGCAGGUGGCCUUUCAGAGGGAUGGCAGUGAGCUUAUCAUAGGGUUAGCUACAAGUUCUUCUGUGAUGGAGGAAAUCCGAAUGAAAAGAAACAGGCGGAAUGAUGUGGAUUCCAGUGUAGCCAUGGAUGUCUGUAACUCACCAAGGGCUUCAUCCAGCAUAAGUCAAGUGAAUCAGACCUCAGGGAGUGGGAAUCAGACCAGACAGGUAAACAGAAAUGAAGACCAAGAUGGUGUCAUGUGUUGCGAUGAUGAUCAGCCAUUGAGUUUUUUGGCUUCAGAUCGAACGUUAAAUACUCUGUUAGGAGAUUCUGCACUCCAGGAAAUGGUGUAUGUUGAAGAGCAGGUUUUAGGAGCCGUUGAGGAGGUGUUUGCCGGCGACACUCCAAGCUUACCUGGAACUAGCUCAAGCCAUAAUAUAAAUGGAACAUCAACUCCAAAAACAACAAGGAAGGGAAAUCACUCAUAUAUUGGUGUAUACCAGGAAGAACAAUGUGGUAAUGCUGCAGCUGAAAAUAGUCACAGAGAAAAAAAUCAGGAUAUUAAAUGCAAGAUUGAACCCCAACCUGGUUCUUCAUCACAAAAUUGUUCAUCUUCAGCAAGGAGGGGGGCGCCUCCAUAUGGAAAUCAACUAUCACAAAGUCAGCCGGUAGCAAGACCUCCAAACCACAUGGGAAGUAAAGUAGAAACUUCAAGUCAUGAGCAGGAAGAAGAGCUGGUUGAUGAUCCUAGUUUGGUGGAAGAUUUUGGAAAUGAGAACAUUUUCCAAGAUGAGCAGAUGUUUGAGAGAGAGCUCAGCAACCAGCACACGGAAGAGGUCAUGUCUCUGAAGGCUUCCGAAACUCUUGCUGACAGUGAUAGUGAGAGAACAACGCCACAUGAGGAACUUCAAGAUUUCAUGUUUUAUGACCGGAGUUGUAUGUUUGCUGGAGAGCCUGGGCCAGCAAACCUGUCUCCGAGAACUUACCCUUCUAUAGACUCUUCAGCCUUCCAUGCAUUGACACCUGCUCUCAUUACUCAUCUUGACCAUGCAGUGCAAAUUGACUCAGGACAAACAAGCAGUUUAGGUGGAUUGGUGGGAGAACAGUCGGAGGAAGGUGUUGUUGAUUUGGCCUCUACAGAGACCACAAUGCACCUCGCAUCAGAUGACUGUUGCUCAGUUUUGCCAUCUGAUGGCAUGAGUAUUACCCAGUUAUUCCCAUCAAACCACCACCAUGAUACCUCAGUGGUUACAACAGCCACCUCCUCUGUGACUGUGUCACAUUCUAGCAGUAUAAUGGCAACUUCAGCAGCAACAUCGCAAGUGACUUUUGCGGAUCUCGUGGAGGACUCCAAAAUGCAUUCAAAGAUGCUGGUUGUGGAGAGCAGCUGCACCACAAUCAACCGCCAGUUAUCGCCUGUGCCAUCAACAUCAGGACUACAAGGUGCCAAUAAUCAGGAAACCACAAAGGAGGAUGAGGAGUAUGACUUUGAGUAUGAAUCUGACUGUUAUGGAGACAGUGAUUCUGAUUCUGGUGUGAUCAAUCGUGGUCCACUAGAUCUGGAUCACUGGAAGUGUGUUGUGUGUAACAAAAUGUUCAAAAGCCUAAAGGAAAAGCUCCUCCAUGCCGGCCAGCACUCACCAUGUGCAGAGGCCAUGGAGAAGUCUGGUGCCAUUAGGAGGGCAAGUCAAGUCAAGUCUGCUGAACGUGGUAUUAAGAAUGAUAAUGAGGACGAUGAAUCAGGGAUAGCUUUAUUACAGUGUAAGGAAGAAAUGGGACUGUUGCAAGAUGAAGCUCGGGCUAUGCUAGAGUCUUGUGCAAGCAAUGGGGAAUAUAAGUGCCCUGAAUGUAGCCUGGGUUUCCGGUCAGCAGAAGCACUUCUUGCCCACAGGAAAAUGGUUUUCAAAUCACGAGUCACAUGUCAGAUAUGUCACAUGAUGUUUGAAAAGCGUGUUAUAAAGAGUAAACAUAUGAAGACUCACACAGUAGCAGAUUUGCGAUGUCUUAUUUGUAACCGUACUUUUCCAAAUCGGUAUUCUUGGUCCCAGCAUCAGCUUUUCCAUAUGGGCUUGGUAUUGUUUGAAUGUAAGGAAUGUGGGCGAAGGUUUCAGAGAAGAUCAGAAUUGGAGGUACAUUCAAGGACCCACACAGGGGAGCGACCAUUUCAAUGUGUUUCAUGCAGCAGUGCUUUUACAACACGUCAGGCUCUUAAACGUCACUUGGUUACUCAUAUGGAUGGCCAAGAAGUUGAUUGUGAUAUCUGUCAUAAAACCUAUAAAAAUAUUGUUUGUUUAAGCAAACAUAAGCUUAAAACACACUCCAAAGGGAAAGGUAAGACGAAAGUACGAAGGGACUUUAUGUGUAAUACAUGUAAUGAAGUGUUUCCUUCAGAAAGAAAAUUAGCUUGGCAUCAAGAGACUCAUGAAAGAUGGCCAAAGAAAUGUCAGCAGUGUGGGGAAUGCUUCAUUCACCAGUCCAGCUUAACUAAACACAUUCGUCAGAAGCACAAUCCGCAUCAUCAGACCGAGGAUGGUAAAUCAGAAAAUAACUCAACUUGUCAUGUAUGCUGCAAAGUGUUUAAGAAAUCAUCGUUAGCAUUGCAUUUACGAACGCAUACUGGUGUAAAGCCUUUCAAGUGCAAUAUAUGCAAUAGAAGUUUUGCUGUGAAGUGCAACCUUGAAGCACACAAAUGGGUCCACAUGGGUGUACGUGACCGGCCACAUAAAUGUAAAUUAUGUGAGCGUAGUUUCCAUCGUAAAAAGGUUUUGGAAGCUCACAUACGCAGUCACAAGAACAUUCGUCCUUACACGUGUAAUGAGUGUGGAAAAUCUUUCAUUCAUAAGAAUAAUUUGCAAUUGCAUGUUAGGGAACAUUCUGGGGAAAAACAGCACAAGUGUGUCUUUUGUGGGAAAGCUUUCUUCAGAAAGUAUAACUUAGAUAACCAUGUCAGAACCCACACAAGAGAGACGCCUUAUGAGUGCACCAUCUGCCGAAAAGAGUUCAGUCAAAAGAGCAAUUACAAUGUACAUAUGAAGGCAUUCCAUGUCGAGAGACAUUCUGUUCAUGAAGAAGUUUAAGAGAGUAAAUACAGAGUAAUAGUAGUUGGAAUAUUGAUGUACAAAUGUCUAGUUUCCAUGAGUGAAGCAUUAAUGAUGAUGAAAUUUUGAUAAUUAUCAUGUUGUUCAUUGCCUCAUUUGUAGAUUUGUUAUUUUUCUAAAGUUAGGAAAAUUGAUUGAUUUACUGUGCUGUGUUAUUAGGGGGAAUAAGAGGAGUAUUUUUUAGAACCUCGCUAAUCUGCAAUACAUUAUCAGAACCAGUCCUUAAUGGUCUUACGUAAUUGUCAUGAAUUUUUGAAAUUCAAGGAAUCUCUCAGUCACAGAAAUGUGCACUGCUUUACCCUAAAAAAAAAAAAAGUAAAAACAUAAAACCUUUUUUUGGAUCAUUCACUUAUGAAUUCUCAAUUUAUAGGUCAUAGGUUUUUAAAAUUAUUCCUAGUUACUUCAUUAUUUUAAAGGGAAGUUUCUCCAUAGGACUUAUGGAAAUUGAGGAUAGAUGUAAAACUGGGAGAUUUAGUUUGAAGACUUGUGUUGAAUGCACUUGGUGUGUGUGAGUGGGCCAGGGUCCCAAGUAUGUGAGUUUUGGUAUGGAGUAGUAUGUUUUAAUUCAAGUAAAUUUUUAAUUUCUUCACUAUUUGAUUAUAUUUACAAAUUUGUUACUGUGGAUAUUUUCGUUGACCAUCCACUUCUGUAUGGAAACUUUAAUGAGCUUGACGUAUAGUUUACAAUUCACUGGCAUAACAUGUGUAGUGUAAUUAAGUGAUUUUAUAGUACAAUACAAUGAUUUGUAUAUCUCACUCAAGCAGUGUGGAAGUUUCUAGUGGUUCUGCAUAGGUACACAAACCUUUGUUAUUGAAUAUGUAGAGUAAAUUUGGGAAGAUUUACAAUAGCAGUAAUUAUGUUUAUUCUACCCAGGUGUAUCAAAUUGUUUAAAUUGUUUUUACAAAAUAUGUUGCCAUUGUUGUUGAGAAUAGAUAGAGGACCAAAGUGACAGUCAAGGACCAGCUUGCAUUCAUGUGUAGAUAUAUGUAUAUGUACAUGCUGUAUUUCUGUG